GGUAACUUUUUGUUGGUCAGUUUUGUUAUGAACACAUCUGUUUCAUUAGAUAUACCAGAAAACCAUGAUGAAGAUCGGCUAGAUUGGCGUUUAAAAGCCUGUGAAUUGUUGGAGAAACAUAUUGAUGAAAUAAAGUUGAGUAAUGCCAACUUAGUACUUGAGUCGUGUGUGCUAGCAUCGUGUUUAAGAGAUCUUCUUACAGAGGUGGAAUCUCUUAAAACAUCCGUUGUUAAGUCACUUGAUGAUGAAAAAAUUAUGGAAUAUUUAUUGCAUUAUCAAUCUGUUAUCUCACUUGAUAAAUUAGGUGAUGGUGACUCAUCGACUUUCACAGAAGCCAAAUAUUCAACUAAACGGUCUGAUAAUUUAUCACAUUGUGCAAAAUCUAAGAAUUCUUCGUUAGAUAUACGUGAAACUCGACCUAUUCAAGAUAAUGUGAAACAAUCUCAUGAAGAUAUAUCUAAUCUUUCCAUUGUCCAUGAUAAUGAUAAUCGACCAACUCUUCAUAAACAUUAUGCAAAACAGUUGGAUGUUGAUUGUGAUGAUCCUGAAUUAACACGUUCUGCAUUUAGACUAUUUGCAAAGCAUAUUGGUCCAUCUUUAAAACGUGAGCAUCGUAUGGCAUUCAAUGCUCUACCAACUCAAGAUUGGUUAGCUAAUCAACUUUUAUCUAGAUGGGAGGAAUUAAGUGAAGCUGAAAAGUUCGCAUGGCGCAAACGUGUUAAAUCCUCCUAACUACUUGUAUAUAUCAAGUUGUUAACCAAUAAGAAUAAGUUCCGUGAUAAACUAAAUUGUAUAAUAAAACGAGACUAUAUUAUGUACAUAUUCCGAUUAGCUUCAUGUUUUCAUAUUACUUUUCCAUCAAAUAAAAUUGUUUCUUAAAUCUUUAUUCCUUUAUACUUGAAUUGUGUAUGUUUGCUUUUUAUCAGUUAUAAUGUUGAAAGGUUUUAAGAUAUUUUACAAUGUUUGGUCGUGCUACGUGAACUUUGUUUAUAUAAAAUAAA